AUGCACCCCACCAAAUCGGCGCAUCUCGAGCGAAAUCCGGAUCAGGCCGUAUCAUCCCCCAGAAUCAGAGCACAGGAAGUAGCCACCACGAUUCUCCUGAAUGUUCUGGAGGUAAUUGAUCUCAUCAACGAACAAGAAAAAAGCAAUUUCCGUUUGGGGGUCAUUUUUCUCGUGAUAUCCAUCGUUUCGUGGCUCAUAGGACUAGAACUCGUAAACGCAGUCUUGAAAACCAAUGACUACCAUAAGCCGUUCUUCUUGCUGUUUUUGACCGGGCUGUGCUUUCUGUUGUACUUGUUGCCGGAGUUGAUGGCGACUGUCUAUGCGGCCGGAUGUGCUUGUUUAGGUGUAGUAAGACGCCAACUGACGGCCCAUCAUCACCAACAGUCUGAUUCUCCGCUUCUUUCUUUUUCUGAUUUGGACUUGGUUUCAAGUACCGGCGAUUUGACCAACAAAGAUCGCCUGGAUUCUGCCUAUGAUGCUGCGAUACCGCUUUCAAGGAGAGAGGUGCUCCUGCUCGCACUACAGAUAGCCAUUGUGUACUAUAUCUAUAACGCUUUGGUGAUGUCUGCACUAUUGUAUACCUCUGCCUCCAACCAGACCAUUCUUGGCUCAACCACAGCCAUGUUUACGCUCUUCAUGGGUGUCUCCCUAGGCAUUGAUAAGUUCACCUCGAAGAAGGUUGUCUGUGUGGUAUCUAGUCUCAUGGGCGUUAUAUUCAUCAGCUUGGGCGAAAAGCUGGCCUCUGGAAACAACGAUAGUAAAUUUGAACCAAAAAACCCGGCUUUGGGCAACCUCUUAGCACUUCUUGGCGCUUUCUCGUACGGAGUUUACCUUUUAGUGAUGAAGGUGCGAUGCGGGAUGGGUAAUAAGACCACUGAUGAGCGGAAACUCUUCGGUUGGGUUGGUGUCUUUACUUUUGUGUUGGGUCUCCCUGUGCUUGUAGUGGCGCACUCGCUAGGAUUCGAGCCGUUCGAGCUUCCUGAAAGCAACACUGCGUUCGCCAUGAUUAUGAUCAAUUCCGUGCUCUCAGUGAUCUCGGACUAUUUUACGAUCCUUGCCAUGCUUUUGACCAGUCCUCUUGUUACGUCGUUAGCGUUGACCUCUUCUAUUCCCAUCACCAUUCUCGCCGACUUCAUCAUCUUGCAUUUAACGGGCCAUCAAAAGCCAUCUUCAUCAUCCAGUGCCCUUGUUUACGGCUUUGGUGUAUUCUGCAUUCUUAUCUCUGUUUUGUUGAUUAACGUUAAUUUGAACACCCAAAACGAGCUUAUCGAAAACGUCAUCGAGGAUACUCUUGAAGGCGCCGUGAGACACGACGAAGUCUUGUCGCCAGUUCUCUCGCCUUAUUUGGAGCAUUCGUCUCCUACCUUACGCAAUCACGACAUUGGUAUUCCACAUCUUUCUCCUCAAUUCAAUCUCACAAGAAGAAAAAAUACCCAACGCUCUCCAUUAUCACGGGAGGUGAGCGGAUUCUCCCUCAAUUUGGGCACAUCAUCUUCAGAUCAGGCACCUUUGAAGAAUGCCAAUCAUCUGCUGAACUUGUACACUAUUGACUCUGCCAUAGACACACACGAGCCUCAACCUACGUCCGAACCGGCUGCCCUCAUGGUCUACGGAGGUGUUAAUCAUAAUUUCUUCAUCAAGAGUGUUGAUCCUUCAGCAUCUAAAUCUUCAGAUAUCCUACCUGAGAAUGUUUAG